AUGUCAAUUUUGCGAUUUUUUCAGCCGAUAUCUGCAAAGGAGGAAGCAGAUUUUAGACGUUUGUUAGCACGAGCUAAUCUUACGAUUGGUGAUGCAGAAAAAUUCGCAAGCAUAUUAACAGAGCAAUUACAACUUUUGGAUGGAGCAAAUAUUCAGUCCAUAAUGGAUAGUGAAGCAGCAGUUAGCGAUCUUAUUGCUUUAAUCGAUAGAACCCUUGAAGAAGUUAAUCAUCUUGAUGAACAGCUUGAUGCUUUCGAUAAACUGCUUUAUCAUGUUCGUGACAAUGUCGAAAUCAUUGAAGAAAAAGACAGUCUUGGUUGCGUUGAAAGAAAAAAUAUGCGAAUUUUGCGUGAUUCAUUGGCAGAAUUUCUCAGCGUCAUUGAAAUAGUUUCCGAAGAACAUAUAAAAAUUUUACAGGCUGCGAAUCUUUCUGAUCCAACAAACAUAAGUCGAUGCUGUGCGGCUGCUCGUGCAAUGCAGACAUUCUGGGCGAAAAAAGUCCAUCCUUCAUUGAAUUUAAUGCUGGCUUAUAAGGAACGUACAGAAUUAUUGAGUGAACUGACCGAUAGCUUUGUAGAAAAAUUCAUGGCUCACCUUUCUGCUUUAUUUUUUAAUUUAAAUGAAUUAAUCGAUACACCAGAUUGUCAUGAUUUAGUAUUACGAAAACAGUCAGAACGGUUUCACGCCUUGCGACCAUUUUCAGAUCUCAUUGGUUGGUUGAAAAAUGUCAGACCUGUUGCUUAUCAAAAUAUUAUACAGAGGUAUGUGCAAAAUACGAAAGAAAUUUACAAAAAAGAAUUCGAUCGAUUUUUUGAGUCGCUUAACUAUGAAUUACAAAGGAUUUCGAUAUCGGAGCGAAAAUCUACCGGAGAAAAUGCAGAAAAUUUAAAAACAAGAGAUAACAAAUUUGAUCGUCAAGCAUUAAUAAAUCUAACUGAAAUAAUUUUUGGCGAAAUUGGUCCAGUUGUUGGUGCUGAACAAAAAUUCUGUUUACGUUUUUUCCAUAUCAGCGGCGAAAUUUUAGCAUCCGUUGAUAAUUCAUCAUCAGUUAUUGGCGAUAAUGUUGAUCGAAAUCCUGACAAACAAAUGUUCGAUCAGAUUAAAUAUUUAUUAUCUUCAUUAUUUGAAUCCCUUCAUGAUCAUUUUGACAAAUUCAUCAAAAAGUGUUGUGCGAUUCAGCCAUCAAUUAUACUGGUUAUUUUUGUGUUGUUAUCUAAAAAAGCGCUCGGUUUACAAAAUUCAACUUGUUUCUUCUCGGUGAUGGUUUUUGGUCGUUUUGUUGUUCUCGUCAAGCGCCAGUUUGAUAUCUUUAUGGAUUACGUAUCCCAUUAUUUAAUGGAGGUACGUAUAACGAAGAAAAUGAAAAUUGGAUUAUUGGAUUCAAUUGAUUAUUUCAAAGAUGUAGCACUUACUGCUGAAGAAGCAUUUGCUGAUGCAGAGCGUAGAACAGAUCUCGAUCGUUGGUAUUGUCAGUUAUUAGCAUCGUUAAAAAAAGGAAUCGAACGUGCGGCAACUUCGCAGUAUUCGAAAUCGCCUUUUACCGUUGUUCGAUUCGAAAAUUACCAUCAUUUAUUUUCUGUGCUCUCAGAAUUAAAAAUCGAUUUUUUGGACAAUGAAAAGCGUGAAGCGAGGAAGGUUUAUUUGGAAAAUCUGGAAUUAUAUGUUAAAAAUUCAAUGGGCCGUCCUUUAGAAAAAAUUCAUAUUUUUUUUGAAAAUGUUGAAGAAGCAAUGCGCCGUGGUGUUAAAGCCGAUGAAAUCGCAUUUCAUCAACAAUUUAGCAAAUCUGAAUUGAAAAAGGUUAUAUCACUUUAUCCGAGUCGAGAGGUCAAAAAAGGUUUGAAUCAACUUUAUAAAAAGGCUGAGAAACAUCUUGUAGAUGACUCACAAUUGCUUCAAGUCGUAUGGAGGCAUAUGCAGGAGGAAUUCAUUAAACAAAUAAAGCAUUAUAUUCAAUUAAUUGGACAGUGUUAUCCUAAUUCAAAUAUUGAUCUUGAAGUAUCGAUAGAAGAUGUUUUGAACUAUUUCUCGCAAUUUGCCUUAGAACACUAG